UUAAAUACCUUUAUUUGGAUAGUUAUUCAAAUUUUGUAUUAGUUUUAGUUUUCGUCUUGAGAUCUUCGCCUCAGGUGAAGUCUCAGAAGCAAAACUACAUUUCCCAGAAUUCUUCAUCUGUCGCAAACCGUCAAACCUGGCUUGCGGCAGAUGAUAGGCCAGCUAGUGUGGAGUAGGUUGAGUAAUGGCUGGAGAGGACACGAGAUAGCUCACCAGCGUCCAGAUUCCUGCUUAUUUUACCGUUUUACCGUCACGGGAAAUCAGACGGGAGUUUCACUGACUCUGUCUUCACGCUGAGCGCUUGGUUUGGGCCCCGUUCUUUUGUUUUCACACUUACUGUAUGCAGUGGAAUGGCUGAAGUGCCGCCUGGGCCUAACGCGCUGUCUGCAUCCCCGGCCGAGAUUAUAUCGCUGCCCGUCGACGGCUGCUCUUUCUUGGGGCACAAUGAAAAAUUGGACCGCGGGCGAGUGGACGUUAUAGGGCUGGGGACGGAAUCGCAACAAGCGACGCAGUCCAGAGGGAUAAUUAAGCCGAAGCAGAACAACGUCCACCCGAACUCCUCGCUGACACAGCUAAACGGCGUAGGCGAGCACACGGAGGAGGAGGAGGAAGAAGAAGAAGAGGAGGAGAACGGCGAGCCGUGCAGCCGCAUCCCCGUUCCCAACCACGUCCAGCACACGGCGCACAGGCCGGGCGUCUCGAAGCGCUUGGACGGCGCGGUGGAGACGCGGCAGGGCGAGUGCUCGGCCGGCUGCUUGACGAACAACGAAUGCGAACGAAGCCACUUGAUCCCGAACAACGGAGUCAGCAUCGCGGCUGUACCCGACAGCAGCUCGACUCCAGCGAAUAGCGGCGGUAGUAUUACGUGUUCAGCGGCUGUGAACAGCAGGACUGUCGGUAACUCGUCCUUCACCGGCGGUGAAGCGUCCGACGAUGGCAGUAAAGGCCGGAGGUCGCAAGGCGCUGUUGAAGAGGAAGAGGCCCCGGUGGCUCAGAUGGCAAACCUGUCACUGACGGAGGGGCAGGCGAGCGAUAGCGACAUCAGCUACGUGAGAUACGAGUCGGAGCUGCAAAUGCCAGAUAUAAUAAGACUCAUAACUAAAGACUUGUCUGAACCUUACUCGAUAUACACGUAUAGGUACUUCAUCCACAACUGGCCACAGCUCUGCUUUCUGGCUAUGGUGGAGAAAAACUGUGUUGGUGCCAUUGUGUGCAAGCUGGACAUGCACAAAAAGAUGUUCAGGCGGGGCUACAUUGCAAUGCUUGCUGUGGAUUCCAAAUUUCGCAGGAAAGGCAUUGGUACUAACCUUGUCAAAAAGGCAAUCUAUGCCAUGGUGGACGGGGACUGUGAUGAGGUGGUGCUGGAAACAGAAAUCACCAACAAGUCCGCCCUGAAACUUUACGAGAACCUGGGCUUUGUCAGGGACAAGCGGCUCUUCAGAUACUAUUUAAAUGGAGUGGAUGCUCUCCGGCUCAAACUCUGGCUACGCUGAGUCCACCCGUGAUCUCCUUAACUCUCCCAUUGGUCCUCUGUCCUCUUGUCCCUCAGCCCCAGCCCAGAAGAGCUGCGUUCUUUCAGUGAGUAUGGCGAGUCAGCCUCCAGCGAGCCACAAAGAGGAGGCAGGCUCACAUGAAAAACAAGCAAAAUGUAAUAAAGAGUUUUAAGUACCUUUCUGCGAGUGCAAGAAGUUAUUGCGAAAAAAAGGUGGGGGUGCUAGUCUUUGAAAGCAGUCACUGACUCUGAAGAGGAAAAGCUGGUGACUUUGCACUGUGACGUCUAAAAGCCCAACUGCUGGUCGCUGUGAGAUUGAUCCAGCCAUUGAGGAAUGACUGGGCCGGACAUUGGCAUCACCUCUAGGAGUCGUACCGAACUGUGUCAGGCCAAUACAAAAAAAACAAACAAGCAAGGAAUUAGCCCACUAUACUUUUAUUUUUUAUGAAUUAUUAUAACCGAGGGAUGGAAAAAUGAACUACUAUGGUCAAAACAGCUUAACAAAAACGUGGGAAAAGGAAAAACAGGAACUACACUAACAGAUCUUAUUGUCAGUUUGUUUUUGUUUUAUUUUUUUGUUUUUGUUUUAUUUUUUUCUUUGUAAGAGGGUUCAUGGGGAUAUUAAAGGUCCUGAUUAUGUUGGA